CCGUGUCAAAUGGGGCUGUGUGGGGUUGGCCUGUGUUUGGGAGCCACCAGAGGGGUGUAGAGCCAGCAGAGAGGUGCCAAGAGGCAGACUGCACCCUGCACUUUGGUGGUAUCUGCAGGUUCCUAUGUUCUUGUGCCCAAGUGACUGUCUAGGGAGCAGACAGCAUGGCUGUGACAGUUCCUCGAUCCGUGUCCAGGUCUGCUGUGAUCCCCAGUCCUGCUCCCAUCUCGGUCUGUGGCCCUGUCAGUGUGUGUGCGAUGGCGGUCUCCACUGUGGGCCCCACCCACUGGAAGGAGUUAGCACCUGCCUGUGGGGGCCCAACCCAGUCCCCCAUCAACAUUGACCUCCGCCUGGUCCAGCGGGACUCCACUCUUGGGCCCUUCAUCUUUCAAGGCUAUGACUCUGCACCUCCAGGCCCAUGGACCCUCGAGAAUGAUGGCCAUACAGUGCUACUCCAUGUGGACACUGGUCCACAGAACCCCCUGAAGAUCUGGGGAGCUGGGCUGCCAUCACCUGCCUACCGAGCGCUGCAGCUGCACUUCCACUGGGGGAGCCCAGGACGCACAGGCUCUGAGCACAGCCUGGAAGGGCAGCGGAGCUCCAUGGAGAUGCACGUGGUCCACAUAAGCACAAAGUACCAGAGCAUGGGGGAGGCACGAUGUCACCCUGAUGGGCUCGCAGUGCUGGCUGUGCUGUUGGCGGAGCAGGAGCAAGACAACUCCAACUUCUCUGCUAUUGUGUCAGUCCUGAAGAACGUGUCUUCACCGGGGGUCUUGGUGAAUCUGACAUCCACUUUCCCACUGGCCUCUCUGCUGCCUGGCUCCUCAGGGCUCUUGCACUACUAUCGCUACUCGGGGUCACUGACCACACCAGGCUGUGAACCCACGGUGCUCUGGACCAUCUUUGAGAGCGCCGUACCCAUUGGGCGUGCACAGGUGACCCAGUUCCAGACCUUACCUCGGGCCAGUCUCGGGCUGCUCACUGAUAAUUUUCGCCCCCAGCAGCCCCUGGAAGGGCGCAGGAUUUUUGCCUCACCCGGAACCAUGAUCCGUGCUGCAGCCUCACCCCCCGCCCUUACCCUGGCUGGUGCACACCAGACUCUACUGGGCCUGGGGCUCUGCAUGUGGCUGUGGCAGGGACCUAGGAUAUAGGCAUGACUCUCCUCUCACAAUAAAUGAUGCAUACCCUGGCCUAUUGGCAUGCUUGUGAUCUCAGCACUUGGGAGGCAGAGGCAGGAGGAUUGCUACAUAGUGAGCUCAAGGCCAACCUGAACUACAUAG